UCAUUAAAAAUGGAAGGGAGAAAGAAAAGUUUGGUUAGAGCGGCUUUUAUCUGUUCAUUCACAAAUCCCAAUCCCAAUCCCAUUGUUGCGUAGCAGGAUGUGUUAUAUAUAUAUAUAUAUAUAUAUGAAGAAGUAAGAAGUAAGAAGUAAGGAAAGAGAGGAUUAGAUUAGGAAAGGAACGAUGAGGGGAUUGCCUCCUGGUUUUCGGUUUGAGCCAACGGAAGAAGAGCUUGUGUUUGAGUAUCUAAAAUGCAAGGUGUUCUCCUCUGCUUUGCCUGCUUCUAUCAUUCCAGACAUUAAUGGUGUUUGGAAUUUGGAUCCUUGGGAUAUUCCUGCAGGCGGCGGCGGCGUUGGUGGUGGUGAUAGGGAGGAAGAGAAAUACUUGUUCAGCAAGAAGGCGGCGGCGGAAGAUGAACAGGAAUAUGUCGAUAAUAACAACAACAAUAUGGGAAUAGUUGGAUGGAGUCGGAGUGGUUACUGGAAGGCGAGAGGGUGGGAGAAGGAAAUAUUAAGCAGUGAUAUUGGAGUUCGAUUGGUGGGAAUGAAGAAGACUCUUGAUUUUUACAGCAACACCAAGAAGACGGGGUGGGUUAUGCAUCAAUAUCGUCUCCAACUCCGACCACAUUCAUCACAUUAUUCCGCUGCUGCUACCAAUUUGGUGAAUAACAACUGGGUUCUUUGCCGCAUCUUCUGCAACAAAUUAUUCAAUCACCAUCACCUUACUCACCGCCCCCUCCAUUACUCUAUUUCUUCCACAAACCAUCAGCAUCAGGAUCUGGACCACCGCCACUGCACCAUCACCGCCCUCUCCGACGACGAUGAUUCCCUCUCCUCCACCGCCUCAUCCUCUUCCACUUCCGCCGCCUUCACCGACUUCACCUCCCCAACCACUACAACUUCAAAUCCUUUUCCCCCCUUCUAAUUAAUUCACUAUUAUUCUCAUAUUUCUCCUUCUUUAUUCCCUUCAAUUCCAAACUUCUUUCAAAUCUUAUUAUUGCUACAAACAACUACUUCAUCACUCUGUCUUAUAUUAUUCUGCUCAAUUACAUGCAUCUACUAAUUUAAUCAUUCUUUUUAACACAAUUAAACGCGUCGAAAUUUUGAUCCCUCGUCUCUACCAUUCU